UUUACUACGGCAGCCAUUUUUCUUUAGGAAGACAGCGAGUGAAUAGUCACCAGAUAGAACAUAACUUUUCAUAAAGCCUUUAAGGCUUUGAACAGUAUCGAGAAUUGUACAAAUGCCAAAAUGUUUCCAAUUCCAGGUAUAUCCAGUAUUAUGAACCAACAACUCAAUGGUCAAACAUCAAUACCAUUCACACCAUUCCCAAUACAGCAACCUGAAGUACCACACCAAUUACAUGAAUUACCACCGCCACAGCCAGUAGUUCCAAGGGCAGAUUUUAUCUCGCCAGCCAGACCCAACCAUGGAACAGAUGGCAAACCAAUCUUACUGCGGGCCAAUCACUUCCAGGUCCGCAUACCAAAAGGAGUUAUCCACCAUUAUGAUAUAGCCAUUACACCAGAUAAAUGUCCACGCAGGGUCAAUAGAGAGAUUGUAGAAACUAUGGUUACGGCCUACAGUCAGAAGAUAUUUAAUGGACAGAAACCAGUGUUUGAUGGUAGAAAGAAUCUGUAUAGCAGGGACCCACUUCCUAUAGGCAGAGAUAGGGUGGAACUGGAGGUCACUUUGCCAGGCGAAGGAAAAGAUCGUGUAUUCAAGGUAGCAAUUAAAUGGUGUGCUCAGGUUAGCUUGUUUGCUCUUGAGGAAGCCCUCGAAGGACGUGUACGACCAAUACCCACUGAUGUUACCAAUGCCCUUGAUGUCAUAAUGCGCCACUUACCUAGUCUGACCUAUACCCCAGUUGGUAGAUCAUUUUUCUCCCCACCAGAAGGUUAUGACCAUCCCCUGGGUGGUGGGAGAGAGGUGUGGUUUGGUUUCCAUCAGAGUGUUAGACCAUCACAUUGGAAGAUGAUGCUGAACAUUGAUGUAUCAGCCACAGCUUUUUACAAAGCUCAGCCCGUGAUAGAAUUCAUGUGUGAAGUUUUAGACAUAAAGGAUGUCCACGAACAAAAACGACCUUUAACUGACUCCCAGAGAGUGAAGUUUACCAAGGAGAUAAAAGGUACGUACGGUUUGAAAGUAGAGAUAACUCACUGUGGUACCAUGAGGAGGAAAUACAGAGUGUGUAACGUGACUCGUCGACCAGCACAGACUCAGUCAUUCCCCUUACAGUUAGAAUCAGGCCAAACAGUAGAAUGUACAGUAGCUAGAUAUUUCCUGGAGAGAUAUAAAAUGAAGUUACAGUAUCCACAUUUACCCUGUCUACAAGUAGGUCAGGAACAGAAACACACAUACUUACCAUUAGAAGUGUGCAAUAUAGUGGGAGGACAAAGAUGUAUAAAGAAAUUGACAGAUAUGCAGACAUCGACAAUGAUCAAGGCCACAGCUAGAUCAGCUCCAGACAGAGAAAAAGAAAUCAAUAACUUGGUACAAAAAGCUGACUUCAACAAAGACCCUUACCUACAAACUUUUGGUAUCAGUGUUUCCUACCAAAUGACUGAGGUCAGAGGGCGUGUGCUGCCCCCGCCAAGAAUCGAAUAUGGAGGCAGGAUUAAAUCUGCUGCAGUCCCCAACCAGGGAGUCUGGGAUAUGAGGGGCAAGCAGUUCUACUCCGGUAUGGAGAUUAAGGUUUGGGCCAUAGCCUGUUUUGCGCCUCAGAGGACUGUUCGCGAGGAUGCAUUAAGAAAUUUCACACAGCAGCUACAGAGGAUAUCAAACGAUGCUGGCAUGCCAAUUCUUGGUCAGCCUUGUUUCUGUAAAUAUGCCACAGGACCAGACCAAGUAGAACCAAUGUUCCGUUACCUAAAAAACACAUACCAAGGAUUACAGCUGAUUGUUGUGGUAUUACCCGGUAAAACACCUGUGUAUGCUGAAGUCAAAAGAGUUGGUGAUAUUUUGUUCGGUUUGGCAACACAAUGUGUACAGGCAAAGAAUGUAAAUAAAACCACACCACAGACCUUGUCAAAUCUAUGUCUUAAAAUCAAUGUUAAACUCGGUGGAAUUAACAAUAUAUUGCUGCCCAGUAUAAGGCCAGCGGUAUUCAGAGAACCUGUGAUAUUUCUUGGUGCUGAUGUUACACACCCACCAGCUGGUGAUGCCAGCAAACCAUCCAUCGCAGCUGUUGUGGGCAGUAUGGAUGCCCAUCCUAGUCGAUACUCAGCUACCGUCCGUGUGCAGCAACAUAGACAGGAAAUUAUCCAAGAGUUGUCUUCCAUGGUUAGAGAAUUGCUCAUACAAUUUUACAAGGCAACAAGAUUCAAACCAACGAGAAUUAUCUUCUAUAGAGAUGGUGUCAGUGAAGGACAAUUCCAACAAGUGCUAUACCAUGAGUUACGAGCUGUGAGAGAAGCAUGUAUGAAGCUUGAGAUCGGGUACCAGCCUGGUAUUACCUUCAUUGUUGUACAGAAGAGACAUCACACUAGAUUGUUCUGUGCCGACAGGAAGGAUCAGAUUGGAAGGAGUGGGAACAUUCCAGCUGGUACCACUGUGGAUGUCGGCAUCACACAUCCUACAGAGUUUGACUUCUACUUAUGUAGUCAUGCUGGAAUCCAGGGUACCAGUCGACCUUCACAUUACCAUGUAUUGUGGGAUGACAAUAGGUUCAAUGCAGAUGAACUCCAGAUGUUGACCUAUCAAUUAUGUCACACCUAUGUUAGAUGUACAAGGAGUGUGUCCAUUCCAGCACCGGCUUAUUAUGCACAUCUUGUGGCCUUCAGAGCUCGUUAUCAUCUAGUCGAGAAAGAACAUGAUAGCGGUGAAGGAAGUCGUCAUUCUGACAAUAGUGAAGACAGAACGCCAUCUGCGAUGGCAAGAGCAGUCACGGUUCAUCCAGACACUACAAAAGUCAUGUACUUUGCCUAGAACAAGAAAGAUCCAAACUUUUCACAGGGCAUUUCCAUCUCAACCCAGUUGUAGAAUCAUCGUUCAACACAAGUGCUUAAAUACAUUAUAUUUAUGUGUCAAAAAUGGGGACUAUGCCAUUUUGGAAAUUUUCAUCGUAUGAACAAAUGCUCUUUAUUGUUGGAUAUUGUUAGCGUUAUUCAUAUAUAAGGCCGGGAAUGUAUAUAGUAUUAUUUUGUGCAUAUGUUAUUUCUAUAUAAGGUUGAGCCUCUUUGUAAGUUGUACGUAGAAUUCCUCUAAUUUUGUCAAUUUUUGCAUCCAUUUCUAUUUCCUUACUUGUAACAAUUUUAUCACUGAAUUUAGCAUUUCAAAGACGAUGAAAUGUUGUUUUUUGUUGUUGUAAAAAGUGAUAAAUUUAGAGGAAGAGAAAGAAGGUUGACUGUAAUUAUUAAAUUAUUUAUUGAUAUUUUAUUGCAGGACUUCAUUUUUUCUUGGUUGACAGUUCACUGAAAUUUUGCUAAAAAUUAACUUCUUAAGGAAAAAAUGUCAACUGAGAAAAGAUUUAGUCUCAUUUCUUUGUAUAACUAAUGAAUCACAUGUUAUUUUAUCUUUUAUUUAAUCAUUGAGUGAGAUUAAGACAAGACAACAAUCUUUAUUAUAUCUUAAGUGACUAGAGGAAUAUAUUGUAAUUUAUAAUACAAAUAUAGAAAUGUCUUAAACUUUUUUUGAAAUAAGUCACUUUUAACUGUUUGCAUGGGAUCAAAUUUCAAAAUUUCAAAAUUUCAAAAUUUAACAAUUGUGUUUUUGAAAUUAUUACUUAGUGUUCUUGAAGUUUUGUUGUACCUCAGGUUAAAUUUGCCUGUAAGACAGAUUUUAUAUUUCAUUUGAUGCGAUCAUGAAAUAAUGAAUUUUAGAUUUCUUUUGAUAAAUGUAAGUUGUAGUUUCAUUGAAAUUGCUGAGAAACUUUGAAAUGUUUUACUUUGAUUUUGGUUCAAAAUGAUAUCAAAUAUAAGGUUUGAAAAUAAAUUACACCAACAUUUAAAUAUUUGAUUUUGAGAAAUAUAAUUUGAGUUAAUUAUAUCAUGGUGCUGUAAUUAACUAGAGACAGCAAUAGUGAUGUGGUAAUUUUGAUUGAUCAUUGUGGUAAUUUUAUAUAUUUGUAUAUAUACUCUCAGUCAAGAUAAUUGUUAGUUUAUUGACCUUUGACAUGUUAAAAAUCACUUUUUAAUUUUUGUUGUACUUUAGUUUCAAUAUAGUAACUUUGUAGUGAAUUUUUUUCAGUAGAAAUCAUUUUUGUUUGUCUCUUACACAAACUUGUAUGAAAUAGUAAAUAUGUUUUAAUGGGAACAUUCAUUUUCAAGUUUCCGGUUUGGAAGCAUUUGUAUACCAAUCAAAUAAUUUGGGAAAAUUAACACUAAAAUCAGAAUCAGAUUAAUUUCAAAAAAAAAUUUUGUUGGAUUAGAUGCAAAAUUUGCAAUUGAAAAGGCAUAAAUAUAUUAAAACUAACAAUUAUUUUUACAAAACUUGUAGGUUUGUAUGAAGAAUUCAUAUCAGAGUAUUUUAACCAUUCCUUUCAUAUUUGUUGAAAUUAUUAUUCAUUGAACAUAUUUUAUUUAAGAUUUUAUCUUUUUUACUUUUGUCUUUUUUUUUUAGAAAUCUUCCAAUCUCUUUGAAAAAUAAAAACAAAACAAAACUGAAAUUAGCUUUUUACUGAGCUUAUAUAAAUUAAUUUACAGUUAUUCCCCUUUGAUCUUUUGGUUGAAUGUUUCUAAUGUUUUCAACUUGUAUAACCAAUAUGUGCUGAUGUGGCGUUAAACAUCAAUCAAUAUUUUCAAUCUCUUUUUUUUUUCUAAAAUACACCAAAUCAACAUUUAUGAAAAUUUCUCUAGUUAAACAAAAGUAAAAAUUUCUAAAUGUUUUAUCAUGUUACCAUGUUGUCUUAACCAUAAAAGUAUAAAACUGCGGACAAUUUCUUCCUGCUUAAAUUGUUUAUUGGAUUCCGUUUUAUUUUUUAGAUAUAUUUUGUUCUUUAGUCCCACCUCUUGUCGUUAUUCUUUUAUCCACCAAAUAUUUAACCACCAGCAGGGGAGGUAAUUCUCCCUUUAUCCAAUCAUUGUGUAGUCCCGCUAAAUUUUCUCUGGAAAUUGUGGAUUGAGGGUACAAAGAUGAUAUCAGAAACAGCGGAAAAUCAAUUGAGAAUUAAGUAUGCAUUUGAGCAGCUAAGAAAAUCCAGCAUUAAUACAACUAAAAAAAAAUCAUGAUUUAAAAGAGUCAUUAUAAAUGUUUCAAAGAUGUCUUCCAUCUAGUAGAUUGUGACUUGAGUCUUUCAGAUUUCGUCAAUAUCUGCAUUUUAAUGCAUAUACAAAUUAAAAGAAUUUGAUAAGAAUAUAGAAUUUGGAUCUUUUUUUUUUUGAAGAUGGAGUUGUUGUAAAAACAUAAAAGAAUUUGAUUAAGAUAAGAUAGCAGUUACUGACUUGUCGGAAGAAAGUAAGAAUUCAUGUGGUUUUUAAGAAAAAUGUGAGUUGCAUUGAAUUAUAAGUAUCAUCAGUGUGCCUCAAUGUUCAGUUUUUGUAAAGAGAAAAUAGUUAUGCAUGUAUCAAUUGCAAAAUUAUUAUUAAUCAUCAAAAAUUUCCAAAACUCAGAUAUAUACCAUUAUAACUUGUAUGCAAUACCAUUUUAAGGUCAAAUAAGCUAGUCAUUAGAAGCAGCUCAAUGUUUACCAAGCCUUAAUUCACACCAAAUUAAUCUAAGCCAACUAACCUGUCCCUAUCAGCAAUAAUAGUUGAAUAAUGACAGACGAUCAUUCAUAUUUUUUACAGGUCAUAUUGCAAAAUUUUAUCAUAUCAUCAAAUUUACUGAGAUUAAAUUAGUACUUAUGUAUUUUUUGUUCAGGACUUAAAAUGUGAAAUGUUCUGAUAUUAUUUUUCAUUGCAAAUUAAACAUAAAAACUCAGCUUGUCUAAUCGCCAAAGAGAAUUAUACAAAGAUUUUGAUUGGUUUAUUUAAAAACAGGUGAAUGGUACAGAGAAUCUGAUUGAUGAAAAAAUAAUCUUAAGUGCCAUAUAGGGAGAUGUAUUUUUUUUCUAGUCAUGAUACAAGGUCAGCUGCAUUCCAGUGUUUUAAGAAAUUCAAUCUUUUGAUGUGAUGGCUGUGAUUAAAUGCAAUCAUGAUUUUAAGGGAUGUUAAACUUUUUUGAUUUAACAUGGUUGUUUUAAUAUUUUAGACUUAAAUUGUGAUAAAUUAACUUUUGAGUAAAAUAUGACAAUUUUUUUCAAAAUUGAUUCAAAUAUAAUGGAGUGAUAUUUGAAUUGAAAUUUGAGAAAAAAAAGUUCCAUUAUUGAACUUUGACAAAUUAAAUAAAAACCUGGCAUGACAAGUUUAUGAACAAGAAAAAAAUUGCUCAAACAUGAAAAAAGCAAAAAACGUACAAAUUAAAUAUUUAUCAUGACAAUGAACUUUUUUGUUUGUAUCACCAAAGAAUGUGUGGUGCUUUGCUGUUCCAUUCCACAAACCAUCCCUUAAGAUAAUGUAAGAUGAUAUAAUGUUAACUAGUCUUGUAAUCAUGGUGAGAUUCCAGGGUCUGCUGAACAGAAAGUUUGAAUAAAUAUCACAAUUUCUAAAGAUUUGGCUCGAAUCCACAGAGGUGGUAUGGUAGUCCCUUCCUCUAAUAAGAUCCUUUCACCAGCAGUAGUCCCACCUUCCAUAUUUAACACCUUUCUUCAUAGAUCAACCCCCAUUGUUUCAAUAUUUAAAGAUCCAUUGAAUUAUCUUUUUCACCAUAGACCUGUAGGAUUAUUCACCAUACAACCUCAUUGUAAGCAUUGAAAUCAAGACUUGACGGAUUUCUGGGAUGAAAAAUUCAAAGAAAAAUUCUAAAAAUAUGCAUGUAUAAGAAAUUUAUCAUGUUGGUCGUUGGGAAUAGGGUCCAGUCUGUGUGUCAGGCAAUCUCCAUUGCAAAUGUUAAUUUCUUGAAGUUGCAACUAGAUAUUAGAGUUUGCUUAUGUUGAUUGUUGGGGGGGAAAGUCCAGUCUGUUGGUGAGGCAAUCUCCUUUUGCAAAUGAUAAUUUCUAAACAGAUCGAAGUUGAACUUAAAAAAUCCAUGAUAUUCUGUUUGAUUAGAAAUCCAAAAGUCAAUCAGAGGAAGUCCCAUUGUUGGCUAUAACUAUAUCAACCUUUCUGUUCAGCAUGAAAUAAUGUGGUAAUUAACUGUGGUAUUUUGUGAACUUGUUACAUGCAACUCCAUGGUCCAAUCUGAUUGGUACAUAUCAUGUCAUGUGACAUAUCUCAGACCAAUGACACCAUUUCAGAGUGUUUCCAUGGUUGCAAUAGCAUGCAGACAGGUCCACAGGACUAUUGAUUUGCAUAUUUUUUAUAUAUUUGUUUUAUUUAAUGUUAUUGUGUGGGUGCUUUGUAUAGAUGUAUUUGUAUAUAAUAAUCAAAUUUCAUUAUUUUUUUCUAUAAUGAUUGAAGAGUGUUAACAAAUAUUAUAAUGAAGGGUACCAAACAAUCAUUUUCAGUGUGAAAAUAUACAAUACAAAGAAGUCAAUUUUAAUAAUAUUGAUUUUUUUUUUUUUUUUCAUGAAUAUUUUAUUAUAUUAUGCUCUUUAUCAAGAAUGGAAUUUCAGUUUGUUUGUUUUUUCAUCAUAAAAUGACAUGAUUUCCAAAGAUUUCUAACCACUGAAUAUUUAUGAGCUAAAAAGUAAAUUAUGCAUGCUACCAUAGUAAGGCUUCCUAUAGCAAUGUCAAAACUUGCCAACAUUGAAUCUCAGCAGACAGGGUUUGGUUGAAAUAAAAUAAAGCAUAAAAUAAGGCUAUUUCAGAAGAAGUGUAUUGGGGUUUUGGGGUUUCAGGCUUGCAGUAUUUGUAGAAUUGAAAUAGAAUAGUCAAAGUUAGAUCUUACACAAACGGUAACAUGAAAAAGUACUUGAGCUUCAUUGCAUUUCUUUCUGGAAUUGCCAAUUACAGAAAAUAAAUCUCAAAAUGAUUACCGGUAAGUUUCAUGUACCAAUAUGCAUUUAUUGAUUUUUGGAGAUGAAAACUACAAAAAAAACUGUUGAUUAUGUGACAAAUUUACUUAAGAGUUUUUCAAAGAAAAGUGCAUACAUUUUUAGGAUUUUGUUAACAUUACAUUGUGGAUCUGUUUAAAAUUAAGUCUUGAAAAGUUGUACGCUUGAUUUAGGUUUCUUUUGAUCAUGUUGACAUGAAUUGAAUCUGAUGGUUAAAGAUCUGUGAUGCAAUCUCCAUACACCAAACUCUAGUCUGCAGAAAUCAUUCAUAUCUCAUCCAUUUCUGUGUCCACACUAAUUGUCAAAAACAUGAAGGAUAAUUUAAAAAUGGUAAUUGAAAAUCUUUUUUAAAGUCAGAGUAAAUGCUUGUAAACACAUUUUUUGUAAAAAGUAAAUUUUUGUCCACCCCAAAAGAGAACAUAAUUGAGUAAAUGAUAAUAUCUCAAAUACAUCAAAAAUGUUAUAAAUCUCACCUUAGUAGGUCAACUUAUCUAUAUAUAGCAGCUGUAUUGUGAAGAAUUUAUGAUAAGAAAUAGUACCCUAAUUAUGGACGUAAAAUUGUUGUGCUUUUUAAUUGGACAUCUAUGAAUAACCAGAUUGAAAUUAGGAUGUUUGUUGCUAAAAAAAAAAUUGUUUAAAAAGGACACACAAAAAAAAUACCUAGGCAGCAAAACUAAUGGUUACAAGAAAAUUAAGUUAACCUGUAGUGAACAUCCUUAUAAAAUUGAAAGUAACUUAUAUUAUGAUUUCCAAUUGUUUGUAAAUAUCUGAUUUAAAAGUUGUUUUGACUUUUCUUUUGUUUUAUAAACAAAAUAAGAGUCCUAGGCCAUUUCAAUUUAUUGUUUGGUUAUUAAUGCUCCAACCAAAUUGAGUGAAAGAAUUAAAAUUUUAAUAAUUUUUAGUUUUUGGAAAUAACUUGAGAAGUAUACGUUUGGAUGUCUAUUUGAAUAUUUAGAUAUUGACUUUUUGCAUGUAGUAUGGCCCAUUUUGUAACCUGGUAUAGAAAAGAUCAUUUUUAAGGCCAUAGAUGUAAUCAGAUUAUUAAUUUUAUGUUUCCUUAUCAACGUUAAGUCGCCUUCCUGAAGAGAUUGACUACAAAAUACAAAGACAUUUUUAACAUCAACAUCAAUGCUAAAAUGAUGAACAAUAAGCUGUAGGGAUCAACUGAAAUAAAUUCAAAAUAACAAAAUAUCAGAACAAAGUUCGGUUUCAGAGUAAUAGCUUAAUGUUCAAUUGCCUUAAAUGUACAUGAUAUAGUGAUCCAUGGAAUUCUAGUUGCAUCGUAAAGAACGCAAGGAGUAUAAGGCAUUCAGAAAGUUGAACAAACUUUUUGUAAAGGGAUUUUCCUAGUGAAAUGGUUAAAGGUCAACUAAAGAAAAUUACUUGCCAUCAUCGGAUUGGUUGGACUUGAUUGUUUAAAGUUUAUUUAACCUCUUUAGAGUUUAAGGAAUUUUUGUUUUACUCCCCAAGUCAUUCUCACUUAAAUCUCUUUACGAAGUAAGGAGAAAAAAAUUAACAAAAUAAGAACAAAUUUAUAUUUGACAAAUAUUUUUAAUUGGAAAUUAAAAAGAAAACAUAAUCAAAAGUGAAAGUAAUAAAAAGGUUUAUUUGUAGCAAUUAGGACAAAAUACUACCUCUUACUGAGGACAAAGUGAGCAGCUCAUUGGCUAUAUUCAAAUUUACUUAAUUACUUGACAUCUAAUACUGCCUUUAAUUUGUACUGAUAUUUGACAUCCUGUAUUCGUUUCAUUUGAAAUACAUGGAACAAAAUGUGAUGCAAAAUAUGCAUUAUCAAAGGCCAAGUUCGAAUGGAACCCGAGUUCUGACUAGAGUUCCACAUGAACGGUAAAUAAUUUUGAAGAGUAAGGUCUCUAGAUUACCGGUGCAAGGCCCCUACUCUGGAUAUGUUGACAUUCAAAUUUGAUUGGAUUGACGUCAUAACAUCCGGGAGAUGGAGUCGAUCUCGAAGAACCCUGCCCACACCCAGGACUCCUCGGGUUCUAAUGGCGGGAAAGCUAUAUCCAAUCAUAAUAGGUGUUAUAUAUGACCAUGUCAAUCCUAUCUACUCUAUAAGUUCCAUUCAAACUUGGCCAAAAGAAACUGUACGGUUUUUUUAUUACUACCAUAUAUGAAAAGACCAACUUGUAAUUUAAUCAUUUUUAUAUGUGAGAUGUUUUUUUUUUUUUUUUGUAUUGUAAAAUUAUCUGCAACAGAAAUGGGUGAAAUUCUGCCUGUCCUCACGAAGCAUUCAAAAUAUUGCUUGAAUCAUUCAAUUUUUCACAUGGAUCAAAUUUAUUUAUUAUGCAACACACCAACAAUUCAUGGUAUGUAAAAAUUUUUGUUACAGUCGAAAGUUCAUCUGCCAUUCACAUUACAUUUGAAUUUGCUUUUUGCAUUUAUAUUGGUAGGUUAUUAAUUGGUUUGAAGAGCAAAUCUGUAGACUCAAAGUGUACAGGCAGUGUUAUUAAAAGAAAAAUAUAAUUGAUUCCUAAUUAGAUAAAAAUACUAAAUACUUUUUAUAUAUGUUCAUAGUUUAUCAUUAUUCAAAGCUAUGUAAUUGUAAGGUAACCAUAUAAAAUUGACUUAAAUAUUACUGCUGUAGAAAAAGAGAUAGAUUGGUUCUUAAUCUUCCACUUAUUAGACCACUGCCUUCUUCGUUUCAAUUGUCCAUCUGUAAGGGAGGUUAUAUUAAUCUGAUUAGAAUUUAGCAAGAAUGGGUGACUCAUUGUUGAAGUAAGUAUUUGGAAGAGCUUGAGUCCAUCUGUAAGGGAGGUUAUAUUAAUCUGAUCAGAAUUUACUAAGAAAGGGUGACUCAUUGUUGAAGUAAGUUUUUGGAAAAGCUUGAGUCCACCUGUAAGGGAGGUUAUAUUAAUCUGAUCAGAAUUUAGUAAGAAAAGGUGACUCAUUGUUGAAGUAAGUUUUUGGAAGGGUAAGCAGCAGUUCUAAAUAUUUAACAUUCCUGAUAAACUAUCAUGACCUUUGACCUUGUGAAUGACAGGCAUAUUAUGCAACCAUUUUAAUUUGUAUCACAUGCCACCAUUGUAAUGAGACUUGCACAGUAUUUUUGACAAGUCCAUGAUAAACCCCCGUUAGAUAUGCUCCACCUUUGUAUGUAUAUUUCUGGUACCUGUUGCUUUUUACAGAGUCUAUAGUAUUUUAAUUUAAUAAAGUGUAUAUUAUGUAUAAA